AUGCGCUUCUUUUCCCUCGGCCUUGCCCUGUUGGGCAUGACUGCCGCCGCUUCUGCGCUCGACACGAUUGAAGUUCUUGGCAACAAAUUCUUCAAACAAGACGGCUCCCAGUUCUUCCUCAAGGGUGUUGCGUACCAGCUUGUCCCAGAUGAUCCCCUCAUCGACACGGAGCAAUGCCAGCGAGACGCUGAUCUCAUGAAGGAGCUCGGCGUCAACAGCAUUCGUGUCUACCAUGUCGACGCCUCUGCUGACCACGAUGGAUGUAUGAAGGCAUUUGCUGAUGCUGGCAUCUACCUUCUCAUUGAUCUCGACACCUUUGACACAUACGUUACUCCUGUCGACCUGCACUGGAACCAGACGCAGCACGACUUGUAUGCGGCUGUCAUGGAUACUUUUCACAACUACGACAACGUCCUUGGAUUCUUUGUCGGCAACGAGAACAUCGCCAAGAAGGAGGACUCGGUCGCCGCUCCCUUUAUCAAGGCCGCUGCCCGCGACAUGAAGGCUUAUCGAGACAAGAAGAACUACCGAAAGAUCCCCAUUGGGUACUCCGCAGCUGACAUUGUUGAGCUUCGCCCUAUGCUCCAGGACUAUCUGACUUGCGGCGGUGAUUCUGCUGAUAUUGUCGACUUUUUUGCCCUCAACUCGUACUCGUGGUGUGAUCCCGCUGAUUACAACACGUCAACUUAUAAUAUGCUCGAGUCCUAUGCCAAGGACUUUCCUGUGCCCAUCUUCUUCUCCGAGACUGGCUGCAACACGCCCGGCCCCCGCCUGUUUGCCGACCAGGAUGCCAUUUUCGGCAAGGACAUGAUCAAUGACUGGAGCGGCUCCAUAAUUUACGAAUGGAUCGAGGAAGAGAACCACUACGGCCUCAUCAGCUACGGCCCCUCGGGUGCUGAUGCCUCCAACGCUCAUGCCGCGGGAGGUUUCAUCCGCAAGGGUACGCCCACUCCCGUCAGCCCCGACUUUGACAACCUCAAGAGCAAGUGGGCCACCAACACGCCUACCGGUGCUCAAAAGUCUGACGUUGACCCCAAGACACUGACCACACCUGCGUGUCCAACUUCUACUAACGGAGGCUGGUGGGCCAUUGAAGGAAAUGUUCGUCUUCCUACUCUUGGCGAGGCCGUGGCCAAAACUUUUACGACUGUGCCAAGCGCUACUGCCGACAGCCAGCCUCAGAGUGCUGGCAAGGGCAGUAAUGGCAACGAUAAUAAUGGCAACGACAACAAUGGCAAGGGCAGUAAUAGUAACGACAACGGCAAUAAUGGCAAUGACAAUAACAAGGAUGACGGCAAGGGCAAGGACAACAAGGGCAAUAGCGCCGCGUUCAAGGACAAGCAAAUCACUGUUCUUGGACCCAUCAUUGCAGCUGUUAUGCUGCUCAUUGCAGUAGCAUUGUAA